AUGAAGGUCAUCUUAAUUUGCUGUCUUUUCUUAUUUGCAGCGAGCCAUGAAAGUGACUAUCAGCAUCUGCUUCAUGGCAUCUUACAAGGUGCAGAGCUCAUCAGCCCAUCAUUUCAGUUAAAUUGCAAAAUAUCAAUUCCUCGCUUUCUCGAAGCCUACCAAUUUGAUGAAACUUGGGAAUCAAUCAUUUCUGAUGCAAUUUUAUAUUCAGAAUACUGCAAGUUCACCUCAGCAAAAGAAACCUUGCUGCAAUUUAAAUCUUCGGACUCACUCAUGACAAAGUCAUUUUCCAAGCUCAGCGAGGCCAUUGCAAGUGACAGAGUUGUCCCAUCAAGCAAUCUUAAUCAAUAUGGUGUCUCAAUCGGAGCUUUUCUUAAGCCUUAUUUUGCCUUACCCCCCCCCCCCUCCGUGAGCGAACAAAAAAAAUUUUGUUCACUCACGGAGGGGGGUUAAUUUUUUUUUUUAAAAAAAAUUUAUAUAUAAAUUUUAUAAAAAAAUAUUUUUUUCGAAAUUUAAAAAAAUCCUAAUUUGCAAAAAUUGGGAAGCAAAUAUUAAUUUAAUUUGCAAAAUUUAUGUUUUUAAAACGCAAUUUGUUUAAAAUUAAACAGAAUUAGCUCUAGAUUUCAUUAUACUAAUUAUCAAAAUUUUUUCCAUUAAAAUUUUUUCUAUUAAAAAAAAAUUUUUGUUCACUCACGGAGGGUGGGUUUUUGGUCAAAAAAUGGCGAUUUUUCUAAUGGUUUUGUUCGCUCACGGAGGGGGGGGGGGGAGUUAGCAUCUCCCACUGUCCUUGACUUCGAGUUCUCUGGAGAUAUUUCAGCUCUGACAUCAGGAAAAUAUCCAACAGCGAUUUUCCAUGGUCUGGGAGACUGUUGCUACUACCCUGGGGAUAUUGAGUUCACUGAUUACAUUCGUAAAAACGUUGGAACUUAUACACGAUGUGUCGAAAUUGGUGACGGGUCUGCUACCAGUUGGCUUGAAGCCUUCCAAUCUCAAGCUAAUGAAGGAUGCGAAAAGAUCAGAGCUGACCCAGAAUUUGCCAAUGGACUAAAUGUGAUUGGGCUAUCUCAAGGAGGGUUAAUAGCAAGAUCUAUUGCUGAAGAAUGUGGAAUGCCUGUGCAUGUCCUCGUUACUAUGGGCGGGCCACAUAUGGGAGUUGCAGCAAUGCCGAACUGUUUUAAUGGAUUUUACUGCGACAUUGUCAACGCUGCCAUUGAUAAAGACGUAUAUAGCAGCUUCUGCCAAAACCACCUCGGCCCUCCUGGCUACUUCAAAGAUCCAUAUAGAUACGACGCUUAUCUUAAAAACAGCAACUUUUUAGCAACCCUUAACAAUGAAAAAUCACUCAACACCACCUAUGUAACAGGGAUGCAGAAUUUAGAUAAUUUAGUCCUUGUUAAAUUUACAGAAGAUACUAUUGUAGACCCACCAGACAGCGAAUGGUUCGGAUACUUUGAAAAUGAUAGUCAUCAUCUUGUACCAAUGAACCAAACUACUGAUUUUCACCAAAAUUUAAUUGGCUUACAACAACUUUACGCUCAAGAAAAGAUGCAUUUUAUCCCUAUCCAAGGUAACCAUUUACAAUUUACUGAAGCCGAGUUCACUCAGCUGGUGUUGCCUUAUCUUUUACAAUAA